UUUCUGUAAUAGGGAGUCCGGUAGAAAAGUUCAACUCGAACCGCUUGUCACUUAUCAAACUCUUCGAAAGGAAGGUGAAAAGCCCUGUCAGUGCUUGUUUUCUCUGAACACCUCAGCAGAAUCACAAUGAGUGGACUUCAGGGACUCGCCCAGGAGAACAUCUGGUUUGACAAGUCCACAUACGAUGAGGCUGAGAGACGCUUCUACGAGGGCACGAACGGCAUCCCUCAGACAUCUCAGGAGAGAGAUGCUAGUGCCAUUCUGCAGGACAUUGUUAAAGCCCGACAGAAUAUCCAGCAAUCCCUAGCCGGAAGUCAGAAUGCCAGCAAGUCUGAGGAUCAGAGUGAGCUGGUCUCUCGUCUAAAGAGUCUGGAACUGGACAACAAGAAUCUGCACAAAGUGGUGGAUGAUCUGAGAGCCGUGCUGUCCAAACUGGAGUCCAGAAUGGCUGUACUGGAAAAGAGCCAAGCGCCUGCUUCAAAGACUGUUACCGUUACAAAGGCUGCUCCUGUCCAGAAGCCCAAGGUUGAGGAACAUAAUGGCGCUGACGACAACGAUGACGAUAUUGACCUGUUUGGCAGUGAUGAGGAAGAUGAGGAGGCAGAGCGUAUCAAAGCAGAGAGGGUGAAGGAAUAUGCCCAGAGGAAAGCCAAAAAAACAGCCCUCAUCGCCAAAUCCUCCAUCCUGCUGGAUGUCAAACCUUGGGAUGACGAGACAGAUAUGUCGAAGCUGGAGGAGUGCGUGCGCUCCAUACAGAUGGACGGCCUCCUGUGGGGAGCUUCAAAACUGGUUCCUGUCGGCUACGGCAUCAAAAAGCUGCAGAUCAGCUGUGUGGUAGAAGACGAUAAAGUGGGAACAGACAUUCUGGAAGAGGAGAUCACCAUAUUUGAGGACUACAUAAGUGUCCAGAGUGUCGACAUCGUUGCCUUCAACAAGAUCUGAGCCUCUCGCCUCAAACAACCACCUCACACUGGGUUACUGCUGCUUUUAUAUCACACGGUUACCAAUAAACUGUUCAGCCACGUGAA